AUGAGUGGAGGUAAUACUUCACGUUCUAAUUCGCUCCCUCAAUACAAUAAUACAACUUCACCGUUGUUCGAACUUAUGAAUAUUCCUAACCGUCUUGUAAUAGAAAAAGUUUAUCUAAAUGGUCUUCAUUCACUUAGACGUUUUGAAGUUCGCAAUAUAUCACAAUCUACAAUACUAGUGAAAUUGCGUUCUAAUCUUGGUUCACAGAUAGCGUUUCAACUUACAAAUGAAAAUCUUCCUGAUUUGACUUCUAAAAAAGCAGAAAUGGUAGCUUCGUCUGAACUUGGUUCAACUUCUACAUCAGAAGGAAAUAGCAGCAUUUUGUAUCAUGUUUCAUUAGAUAACUCCUUAAUUAAUAUUGCAACGAACACUGUCGCUGCUGCUGCAGUUGGCGCAUUCGGUGAUAGCGUGAAUGGACAUGAAUUCAACCAACUUUUCAAUUAUGUAAAUCAUAUAGACGAAGUAAUUAUUUCACCUGGAAGUUCACAAAAAGUGAUAUUGGCCUUUUUACCAGAUGCUCACCAUAAAAAUCGUAGAUCUGUGGAAGACCUAAAUAAGCCUUCUUCAAUUCCUGAUGAGACUGAUGAAACUAGAAUAAAUACUAAUAUUUUCACACAAUCAUCAGAAGAUGAAGAAACUCAUGAUUUUUUUGAAGUCAAUGGGCUAUUAUUCUUCUUUGCAUAUGUUAUCGAAAAGCAACAAAAUGUUGAAAGCAUGGAAAUAUCAAAUUUUCCUAAGGCUAAUGUCACGGGAACCUAUAAGAAGAAGUCAUCUGCCUUCCUGGUCUCGACAUAUGAAACCGAUCAAGUUAACAAGACAUUUAAGUCUGAAAUUGAUAACGUUCCUCGUGAUAUUGAAACGAUAGGUAGCUCUUCUAAAGCAGAUUAUCAAAUUACUGUUAAAUUUCGUUCUACAGUUUGUCGUUCAGUAUUAUGGACGGACGUUGGAGAAACUGGAAUUAAUUUUGAUGAUUGUGUAAAUGGGGGUACUUAUUUCAAAGAUUUUACCAUAUGGAAUCGUUCUGAAAUUGAAUUAUAUUGGCUUUUGAAUACGGUAGAUUUAUCGAAUUCUGAACGUGAAGAUUGGUUAAAAUUUACAGACUAUGAUACUGGUGAAUUACUCGAUGAUAAGCCAAUACCUAGUUAUUCCCAUAGAAGAAUUAGAGUAACAUUUAAGCCUAAAGAAAUAGGAGAAUUUAGCUAUGAUCUACAGCUUGAGAAUGCCAACGAUUCCGCCAAUACUUUACAAAGCAGAAUUAAUGCAGUUGUAAGAUCAGUUUUAAGAGAAGAAUCAUUGGUCGUUAGUAGUGGUAAUAUCCUGGAUUUUGGAGAUUGCUGUGCGGGAGUUUGGAGUAAACAACAGUUAAUUCUAAAAAAUGUCAGUGAAGUACCUUUAGAAAUUCAUUUUUCAGCUGAGAAUGCAGAGGUAUUGUUCCAUUUGAAAACAGAUAAUUUGAUAGAGAAUAGUAAAGUAGACCUAAAAGAUGUUUCAAAUGUUACGAUAACUAAUACUCCUAUUAACACGAACGCUACAGAUGAGGUAUCUGACUCUGGUAGUAUAAUUGGUUUACAGUCUCCAUCUCCCGUAGAAAGAUUAUCUUAUAUAAAUGAGUCGCAAUCGUCAAGAUCGGUAAACAAACUUCGAUUCAAUAACAUCGGAGGUUCAGAUAUUGAGAGAGAUAAUAUUUCUGGAAGGAUUAAGAAUACUUUAGAGAGAGAAAAUUUGGAAAAAGAAAUGUCAGAUGGGAUAACUCAAAUUGAAGAAGUAAUUUUUGGACCUGGAAGAGAGAAGACAGUUCAAGUUUCCUAUCGUCCGGAAAAAGACUCAUCCGCUAAUGAUUUUAAAGCUGGACAAUUAACACGAAGAAACUUUCGAAUUAUUCUGCAAUAUAUGUCGGUUAAUUCAAGUUCAACAAGUAUGAGAUCGGGUGGACAUGAGCGUAAAAUUAUUCAAUGUAGAGCUAGGAGUUGUACUUCUUUUAUUGAAGUAAAUCCUAAAGAAGUGAAUUUUGGAGAUACAGAUGUCGGUACGUUAAAAUCGGUGCCUAUCGUAAUUACUAACUUAUCUGAAUUGACAGCCCGUGUAGAAUUACAGUUUGUUUCAAAAGUGCUUAAUUGCACUCAUGAUGAAAUUGUUAUUCCACCAAAAUUAUCAACUAAAGUCAAACUCGAUAUGUAUCCAAGAAAGGUUAAUGUUGAUUAUCGAAAGCAAAUUACUGUUGUCAAUUUGCAAAACCGCGAUAACGAUCAAAUCAUAGAAGUUAGAAGUACAAAUAUUGACAAAAAUGGCGUCACUUUUCAUUCGUUAUUUUAUCGAAUUUUGACUUCAACCGGGAGUAAUUUUAUUGAUUUUGGACCUACUGUGAUAAAUUCUCCGAGCAUUCGAACAUUUACAAUUGAUAAUUUUAGUGCAAAGAACUUGACCCUUGAGAUAACUUCUUCAUUAUCUGAAGAGAUAGUUAUGUAUCAAAAGCGUAUGAAAAUCGAUGAUGCGAUUAGUUCAGGAGAUCAGAAUUUAGUCUCUCAAAGUACUGGGGUUCAUAUUACUGAUAGUGGAGAUAAUGAACAAAGCAGUUCCUCUAAACUUGAGAGGCGCGAAAAACUUUUAGAAACUAUUGGAAAUAAGCGAAUAUUAAGGAAACAACCUUCUAUUGACAUUAAUAAAACAAAUUUAAAUGCGAGUAAUCUAUCAACAGCAAGUUCAACGAUGUCGAAUGAGGACAAUCAAAAAAGUCUGGCAAAUAAACGAUAUAGCUCGUCUGUUUUAUCAGAUAGUGCAUCAUCAGAUUCUUCCUUAUCAAGUGCAGCAUACCUUGAUUUAGCAAGUCCCUCAUCCUUACGAUCCCCAAGGAAACGUCCAUUAAAGAUCGCGCUGAAUAAAAUGUCUGGGUUUGCUAAAAUUGGAAGGGUAAAAGAAAGUUUAGAACCUGGAAGUACAAGUAAUACUGGUACUUUAAAGAACACUACUGGAAUAUUUAAAAGAGUUAUUGAUUCAGGCGAAAGUAAUAUGAACGAUUCAUCUCGUGAAAAAUCACAAAAAAAUCAAAAUAGUAGUUCAAUAAAUAUUUCAGUAAGAAAUGAGAAAGCCAAGAUACAUAAUAAAGAAACUUUAUCAAGUAUGCCAAUAGAAUCUCUUAUUGCUAUACUAGAAAAUAACAAUAAUGGUAAUUCACAAUUAUUAUUCCCAAAGGCUUCUGCUGAAGUUUCUUAUGUUCGCCAACAGAUGGCUCUUUUGCGUGAAUUGCAAAAUCGUAUGAGAGAUCAUCAAAUUGUUCCUAUUAAAACGAUAGAAAUUCCACCUAAGGGAGAAAGACAAAUAAUAGUUGUCUUUACUCCAAAGCGACAUUUAAGAAGAAUGAUUCAAGGAUUACCAAAGAAAUGUGAUGCUAGAGUCUUCAUUCGCCUCAUUGAUUUUGAUAGAGAAAUUCAACAGCCACAAUUUGAAGCUUUACUACAAGGUGACCAAAGUCAUAUUCCUGUCAGAGAACUUAUGGUUAAUACGACUAUGUGUCGUUCGAUUAUGGAUUUAGGUCAAAAGAAUAUCAAUUUUGGAAUCAUGGAUAAAAAUGAACGUCGAAGCAAAAAAAUCCUCAUUCAAAACCGAAGCGAAGUACCAUUAUUAUACAACAUUCGAAAAUCAGGAUUAAUUUCUUCAGGUGACAUUAUGUUUAGUGCUGGACAUAUGGGAGUUGUCCGUGGAUAUGGCAAAAAAGAAGUCGAAUUCACAUUUAAUCCUAGUCUUCCUGGACAAUUUCUUGAAAAAUUAGAAAUCGAAAACAUUCAAGAUAGAGAUAAUGAUCAAGUGCUUUCGGUUAAAGCUAUCAUAAAAAAGCAAUCUAAUUUUCUUAUUCAUCCGUUGAAUUUAAAUUUUGAACCUUGUUUUAUUAAUGACAAUGCACCACGAGUUCGGCAUAUCACAAUUAGUAAUACUAACAAAUUAUCUCGUAUGUUUGAAGUUCACAUUGACCCACAAGAUCUUAAAUUUAAAUGGUGUUAUGGUGAGCUGAGCUUUGUACUUCAAGAGGACACUGAUGGAUCUUCAAUAAAUGGAGGUCUGCUAAGUAAAGAGACAGAGGAAGAAAUCGAAAACCUUGAACAAAAAGUAAAAAUUGCAAAACGCAAAGGGCGAGAAGAGAAGGUGAAAAAAUUAGAAAAAAAAUUAGCAAAGUUACGACGUGGUGAUACAGGAAAAGAUGACGACGAUGAUAUUCAUAGCGACGGACAACGGACUCCACUUGAAGAUUCCUAUGUUAACGGAACGAAUAGUGAACGUCUUAUGCUUAGUAGACCAGCUUUAACAGUUGAAAAAAAUUCCGAUCAAUCUAAUAAGCGUCCUUUGAUUUCACCUAUUUCACCUAAUUUAAUAAAUGGAAAGGAAGGUCCCAAAUACAAAAAAACCCAAACUUCAAUUAUAUUUCCUAUGGAACCACGUACAUCAAAAACUAUUUAUAUUUAUUUUAAAGCCGUUGCAAUCAAUAACGAUUCGCUCCAAAUAGAAGGGGAAAAUGCUAGACCUUCCCAAGAAAACAUCGUUAGUCGAAUUUAUGUUCAUGAGCAUAAAAAUACAGAUAUUACUAAAACCGUGGUUUUUAAAGCUACGGUUUUCUAUGAUUAUUCUAGUUACAUACAGACAUCAUCAGAUGAAACAUUUAGUAAUGAAUACAAGUCGGAAUCAAGCUUGUCAAGCCCGGCACCCGAGUCAUCGAGUGUAGUUUCGGACACCGUAGAGAAUAUUAAGUUUUUUACACCGUCUUCAUUACGCAAAUUAUCUUAUUUAAUUGGUUCUCAAUCACAAAAAGGAUCCGAUAUUACUCCAAAAAGUGUUGAUAAAUCACCUAUAAUAGAACUUACACAAUUUGGGUUCCCCCGUUCAGAAUCACCCGAACACGUGGAGCACGUACCCGUAACUGAUCAUUUGAAUUUGGAACCAGCUAUAUUAGAUAUAGGAAGACUUGAGGUUAAUCAACGUCAUAACUAUUACUUUAAAUUGUCCAAUCGAGGUGAUCAUCCAUUAAAUUUCGAAAUUAUUGUCUCGGAAGAUGAUAAAUCAUUUUUCCAAAUAAGUCAAAUACAUGGAACGUUGUCAUCUCAAGAAACUCGUCGCAUAGAUUUUUCAGUUGUUGCCACAGUUGUUGGAAGACAAACUCACAAGUUACUAGUCCGGAAUAAUGCAACAAAAGUCGAAUGUACUUUUGCUCUUCGCGGUUACGUACAUUAUUCCCAAUAUUUACGAUUUCCAUCGCUUGCUGAUGAUGGACAAUCUGAACUAAAUUUGGGUUAUUGCUAUGUUGACCCUGGACGGAAAUAUUCACAAGUAACACCACUAAUUGUAGAAAAUAUUUCCGAUGAUGAUGUUUAUAUUACGGGUCAAAGUAAUUUAUCAUUGCAAGUUUCCGUCUUCCUUGAUGAGAAUGGAACACGUGGACAAGUUUCCAAGACUUUGUUAAAAAAGAAAUCAGUGACUACAGUUUGGAUCGCUUUACAUCCAAAUUUAUUAAGUGUAGUUCCAGCAACAGGAAGAAGAAAUGUCAAUACAGGGAAUACACCUGUUGGUUCAGUAAAUGGAACAAACAUUUCUAAUGGUGAAUGCCGCGAAUUAAUCGGUGGCAUCAAAUUUAUUGUCCAUGUAAAAGAAAGCAUAAGUUCGUCAUUUACACGAAAAGUUGAUAAUGAUAUUGAUGAAAGUGGAGACUCAAAUGAUACAGAAUUGAUUGAAGCUAUCACUCAAACUGUCAAGUUCGUUUCUUUGAUAGGCCGUUCUAUAUUGUCGGUAUCAGAAAAGCUAAUAUCUCUUGGAUCGACUACUUCUAUUGGUGAAACGUUCUAUGGUUCUUUUAUUGUUCGUAAUAUGUCCAGUCGUUUACCUUUAGAUUACGCAGUCGAAUGUCCAAACGGAACUAUUUUAUUAGAUCGCACGUGUGGAACUCUUGUCGGAUGGGAAUCUAAGUUCAAACAAUGUCAGGAAGAUAUUGACACCACCUCCACUCGUGAUAGUAAUUUGGUUGAUAAAUCAAUGGCUUUAAUUAAUUUUAGAGUUACAACAUCAAAGUAUGGACUUUUCAGAGAUAAAAUUAUAGUUACCAAUAAAAAUAAUGUAGUUCAAAUCGUUGAAGUAGAAGUUCGUUUGUUUGUUGACAACAACUCACUUGAUUUUUCGACUAAAGAUGAUAGCUCUAUAUCAAAAAACAUUUUUUCCGAGAAGGCACCAAUGGGUCUUAAAAACCUUAAAGAUUUUGGUAAAUUGCCUCUACUUUCUUGGGAGAAUGUUCCCACUACGAUCGUUGUUGGAUCCGAAUCGAAAUUGAUAAACUCCAAUUUAGAAAGCAAAUUAGAUCUUAAAGCUGUUAUUCAAAAAGGAUAUCAGGCAACAGCAGUUCCGCUAUAUGAACAUUGUGUUGAGAUUUGUAACAAAUCAUCAACUGACAUUAUGCAAAUUAGUCCAAGGAGUGAUUUGGAUGUUAAAAUCAGAUGGGGACCCUUUGGAAAUACAAGAAUUAUUGAAGACUAUAAUGAGAAAUUAGAUGUCGUUGAUUCACCGUUUCAUAUCUGUGGACCUUUUAUUGAAUUGAAACCUGGAAAAAAAGCUCAUCUUUAUAUAAGUUGCCCGCAGCCUAAUUCGUUAACUUCCGAGGAACUUAAGUUUAUUGAGGUUGGAAAAAAAGUGAGCAUUCAAGGUGUACUUCUCUUGAAUGAUGAUAUACAAAAGCUUUCAGUAAAAUUAAUAGAUUUAAAUGCAAAGUUUUGUGUUCCAAAGGGCGAAUUAAACACGAGCGUGAUAAAUCUUGGAAAAUUAGGACAUUCAAAUUCUUGGGCAGGAAGUGAAUUUCAAUUCAUUUUGCGCAAUUUAUCAGAAAUUCCUUUACAUUAUGAAUUACAAAGUCCCGACUGUAUUGAAAUAUUAGGAGUGAUGGAUGAUGGUUCAAAUGUUCAGAACAAAGGCGUGAUUGCUUCGAAACGCACUGUGGAACCACUUAUUGACCAGAUCAUAACAGCAGUUCUUAAGCCCCGUAGGAUUAAAAAUUUCUCUGCGGGCGAACGGACAUUUUCCGUUAAUGUACUAAACAUGUAUAAUCCUUACAAUAUAAUGACUUUGAACAUCCAAGCUACGCUUACUUUAUUUGAGCUUAAAUUUGAUCGGUUAAUUAAAGGUGAACUUGUAUUGCCUUCUCUUUAUCAUCCUCUCCCUCGAUCAGAUUUUGCUUGUGACGCAUGGUUUACAAUUCACAAUAUAAGUGAAAAAGAUAUUCGCUUUGAAAUUGGAGUGGAACUUGCUCCUUAUAUUUCUAAUUUUAUCAAAAUUGAUAUACUUUCAAGGUUUUCAAAUUCACCAUUAAUUGGUAGUGUUUCGAUUAGCGCUCACGGCUCAAUCGAAGUUAGAGUUCGUGCUUAUCCAAUAGAAACCAGCCGUAUACCUCGUGAAUCUUCGUAUCUCAUUAAUCCUGAUGGUGUUACUUUUGGUAAACUUUGGGUGGCUACAAAACAAAGUUAUGAGGAUGAUAUUCUGCAGAGAGUGGCUGAGAAUAUACCAAUACGUGGCGUAAUUACAGAGUCUCCCACGUUUUCUGUUUCAACUAAGAAGAUACGCUUUAAGACAGAAUUAUGUUCUUCUGAUGGUGAAAUUACUAAUGAUGUUAGUAAUAGUAAACGUAAAUCAUCACUGACUCAGAGACGUAAAUUAUCUCCUUCGAACCAAGAUGAACAACUGAUCGAAGCAUCUAAUGAUUUUGAAGAUGUUUUACCACAAAGAGAAUCCAUUAUAAUAAAAAAUUUGUCAGAGAAAAUUCCAUUAUCUUUCAAAGUACACAUCGAAGGCCCAAUGGAACUUUCCGCUAAAGAGAUUAUCAAUGUCUUUCCAAUAGAUGAUAAUGGAUGUGGAACUAUAGAACCCGGGAAAUCGUUCAAUUUAGAAAUUGAACUAGUUGAUUCUACAAUAGCGGUUUCGGAAGAUAUUAAGAUUUGUAUUAUAGAUCUCAAUUCUUUAUCUAGUCAUGAUAAAAUUGUUCUUGUUGGUAUUGAAUCUGUCGCUCGUGAACCUCGUAUAGUUGAAGAAAUUCCUGAUUCAGUACCCGAAAAAUCAAUGGAAAUAGGUCAUAAAAAUUUGAUCGUUUCACAAGAAAGGCAAUACUCUUACCAGGAUAUUUCCUCUGAUUUACCUUUCAUAACGUUACGUGGAUGCAAAAGAAUCGGAGAAGCUGUAAAAAUUGGUGGUUGUUAUGAACUUAGUUUAGGGCAACAAGACCUUGGAUUAACUUCUAUAGUAAAGAAAUUGACUCUUGAAAAUACCACCUCAAAAAGAGUAUCAUAUCGAAUUAAAACUGUUUCAGCUAGUGAUAAGAGUUGGUUAAAUAUAAGCCGGACUGAAGGCACAUUAGAAGCACCAACUGAUCGCCAAUAUACUGACGCACAUACGAUAACUUUGAGUUUUAUGACGAGUAUGCGAAAUGUUUAUUCAACAUAUUUGAUAAUCGAAAAUUUGAACAAUCCUUCAGAUACCAAAACUAUCAGAGUCAUGAUGGAGGUAGUUGCUAGACAAAAUUUAAGGAGAGGUGCCAAUACUCCAGUAGCUAGCAAUCAUGUCUUCGAUAUUUACGUGAACGGUGUGGAUACUAGCCAAACACGAAUAGAAAUGCUGAAUUUAUUUUAUGGUUCAGAAUAUUCUUCGCGUAGCAUGGUCAUUUAUAAUAGGGAGACCGUACCGUUAGAAUUUUCGUUUCAAACAAAUCUUGAUUAUGAUGAUCCAACAGAAAUUUUAUUUUCUACUUCGAGAAUGUCAGUUAAAUUAUUUAAAACACUUACCGUUGAACCAGGAAGUAAUGUUCGAGUUUAUAUACGACUAAAACCUUUACCUUCUCGAGAAAUACAAGAAUUUCUUGAUGGUGGCAAUCAGAGAGAUCCAAAUUUAGUGGAAGAGAAAGUCAUUGAAAUUUAUGUGAAUUGUAGACUUGUAAAAGAUUAUCAGCAAACUUUAAUACUUAAUGCAGAAUGCAAAAUAUGGCGUCGCGAUCCUAAUAAUAAGGAGGAUGAUGAAUGGAACUUACAGUUUAAUCCGGAAUUUCGCGAAAUAAAAAUCAAUAAUUUACUUGAUAAACCUUUGGAGUAUGAAAUUAUUAAUGACACGAUGUAUUUCAAUUUGGAACUAUGCAAUGAUGUCAAAGAAGUGGCUCCAAAAUCAUUUCAUAACGUUUUGGUACGACCUAAUUUAAAGUCUUUGAUUAAGAAUGCCGAAAGCGUUCGAAGGGAAAAAUAUAUACAAGAAAAUGUGACCGUUUAUAAUAAAAAGCGACCUUCUGAAAAUUAUUGGGUUCCUUUAAGAAUAAGUUUUGGUCAUAUCUCAAGUUUUCAAUUAGCAUCUGGUUAUAAAUCAUCAUAUACUUACAGUAUUCUCGAAAAUCACACUGUUCGCUUUUUAAGUAAUUUUAACAGUAAUACGCAACUUUUUGCUACAGCUGAGACCAAUGAUGAGGAUAAAAAGAAAAUGGUUGACCUUGAAUUUCAAUAUUUGUACAUUGUUGAUCAACUUGUAUACUAUGCAACGAUCAAAAGUGGUGAAAAUUGGCUUCAAUUGGCUAGUCUACUAUUUGGAACUGUUUUAGGAAACAGUAUAUUUCAACAAUACGGACCAUCUUAUCUUAAACAUCCUGAUCCAAGCUCAACAGAUAAAGAGAUAAGAGUAUGGUCGCCUAUGUUAGCCAAAUGGGUUUCGUCUUUAAACUAUUUCAUUUCUUUUUUUCCUUAUAACAAUCCAAUGCUUAAUACUCUUAAAGAGCUUCAUAAAGGUUUAAUAAUCAUUUCUAAUCCAACUCUUAAAAUAUAG